CAGCAGAGGAGGGGGGAGGGCCCACGAGAGGUUUGACCGGCAGGUCUGCGAAGGGACCGGAAACAGCAGAGCGACGUGACGUUUCAGGAAGUGAAAUAAGAACAGAAGUCGAUGGCGGGAGAAAGAGCGGGGGUGAAAAAAAGGUCAAACAAGAGGGGAAAAUACAAAAAACAAAAACCCAGUGAAAGUAAAUCUGUAAUGUGGAUGAAACGGACAGUGAGCGCAGUGUAACCGUGACAACGAGACACGAGGACGGAUUUAAGUCGAGGUUAAAAAACUGUCUCCAGAAGAAAAAGUCUUCGGCUCGCCCCAGCCUCAGCAGCGAUGAGUUCAGCUCAGUAUCUGAGAGAGUUCAUCAAGGAGAGACUAACUGCUGUUUGUGAAGAAAUCUUCUCAGAGGUUCAAAAAACCAUCGUCCAGUAUGAGGAGGAGAUCAACCGUCAGCACAGACUGCUGGAUAUCAGCCGGAAACCCGACAGAAACUCACACAUCAUAGAGGAGAGUCUGGGUGAGCAGCAGGUCUGUAAUCAGGAGACGAACUCCAGUCUGGACCAGGAGGACCCAGAGCCUCCACAGAUUAAAGAGGAACAGGAGGAACUGUGCAGCAGUCAGGAGGGAGAGCAGCUUGGACGGAAGCAGGAGGCUGAAGACAUUAUUGUCUGGAUUGAUGAAGAGCAGCUCAGGCUGCUGGAGAUGGUCUGGAAACCUGAGAUGCAGUCACACAGAAUAGACCUUCACCAGCAGAGUGUCCAUGAUGAGGAGAUGGUCACCAGAGAGAAGCAGGUCUGUAAUAAAGAAAGGAACUCCAGUCUGGACCAGGAGGACCCAGAGCCUCCACAGAUUAAAGAGGAACAGGAGGAACUGUGCAGCAGUCAGGAGGGAGAGCAGCUUGGACUGAAGCAGGAGGCUGAUACUUUCAUGGAGACUCCGACUUAUGGGGAAAGUGACUACAGUGAACCAGAACCAAACAGUGAGCAGUUCAUUUCUCACAUCUCUCCUGAAGCAGAGAGCCGAGAUCAUGACGAAAGCCAGCGUGUGGACUCAGGAUCAGCUAGAAAUGCAGAGCUGAAAAAGAAUAGAUAUGACAGAAAGAGAAGUCACAGUCAGAGAGUAAACAACACUUCUGUGUCAGAGAGUCAGAGUAAACCUCAGAACAGGCAUAAGCAUCUGAUAUGUGACAUAUGUGGAAAGCUUUGUCAAAAGAAAUCCAAAUUGAUUAGACAUCAGAGAAGUCACACAGGUGAGAGACCACAUUCCUGUAACACCUGUGGGAAAAGAUUCUUUCAGAAAUCACAUUUGAGUGAUCAUGUAAAAAUUCACUCAGAUGAGAAGCCACAUCUUUGCAGGACCUGUGGAAAAAGAUUCAAACUAAACUCUUCAUUGCAACGUCAUGUAAGAAUUCACACAGGUGAGAAACCACAUCUUUGCAGGACCUGUGGAAAAAGAUUCAAACUAAACUCUUCAUUGCAACGUCAUGUAAGAAUUCACACAGGUGAGAAACCGUAUUCCUGUAGCAGCUGUGGGAAAAGAUAUAGGCGGCUUGACCAUGUAAAGAUUCACAUGAAAAUUCAUGCUGUUUAAAGUGUCUUCCUCAGAAAAUGGGUUGUGAUUCGUCAUACUUCUUUUUGACAGAUGGAGGUUCUGCUGUUUUUUUUUUUUGUUUUGUUUUUUUUUUUGUUAUGCACUGAAACUGAAAACUCAGAAUUGCUGAUGUCAAAAUUAAUCAGCUCUUGAAUAUGCUUCCCAGAAUAGGGCAGUUUAUUACCUCAUUAUUAUAUAGUCAGGGAAAAAAACCUUUUGAACCUCUGCUGAAAUCUUUAGUCUGCCCACUAACAAAGGAAUUAUCAGUCUAUAAAUUUAAUGGUAGGUUUAUUUGAACAGUGAUAGAACAACAACACCGAAAAAUGCAAAAAAAGUUAUAGAUCAAUUUGCACGUUAUUUAAUGAAAUAAAUAUUUGGUCCCUUUGCAAAACUUUUGAAACCUUUGCUUGGUGGCAAAACCUUUGUUUCCAAUCACAGAGGUCUGAUGUGUCUUGUAGUUGUCUACGAGUUUUGCACAUAUCUCAGUGGGGAUUUUGUCUCACUCCUCGUUGCAGAUCCUCCGAGUAAUUAAUGUUUCAUGGCAUCUCGAACCUUCAGCUCCUUCCACAGAUUUUUCUAUGGGAUUAAGGUCGCUGAGCCAAUCCUUUGUAACCUUGACCAUGUGUUUUGGAUCACUGUCAUGCUGGAAUACCCACUAACGACCAUUCUCAAUGCCCUGGCUGAGAGAAGGAGGUUCUCAACCAAGAUUUGACAGUACAUGGCCCCUUCCAUCCUCUCUUCAAUGCGGUGCAGUUGUCCUGUCCCCCUGGCAGAAAAACACCCCCAAAGCACAAUGUUUCCACCUCAAUGUUUAACAUUGGGGACGGUGUUCUUGGAGUCAUAGGCCAUAUAGUUUUAGGCCGUAUGUUAUAAGUAUGUUGUUUUAUGUUUUUAUUGCCUGUUUCUAUUGUAAAGGACUUUGUAGUUUUUCACCUGCGAAAGGUAAUGUAUAAAUAAAGUUUGUUUACUUACCUUGUUUCUGAUGUUGUUUUAUAUACUGUAAAUGCAGAAAUUGAUGUUUUGACCCUUUUGGAUAAACAUGCCUCAUUCCAUAUCGUUGUUCUAGUUUACCUUUCUUCUUUUUUGUUUGGAAAACAAACAUGGCCCUAUAGAGAAUGAUACUAGGAUUCACUGAUCAGAAUAUGGUCUUCCAGUAGAAAUGACUACAUAGACACACUAACACUUACAAAGUCUCAAAGUAUAUAUUUCAGUUUCAAUUUUAUUUCUAUAGCACAUUUAACAUCAAAUUGCUUCACACAAUUGCUGUGUUGCAGGAUUACAACAAUAGAAGAACAAAGAAAAUACAGUUAUCAUUACAAAAUUGUUAGAGGUAAGUGGCGGGCACAAGCGUGAACUGGGUGGAAGUUAAAGUCUAAUUUGUUUCGACGCACAGACAUCAAUCAGCAGGCUAUUCCAAAGUUUAGCUGCAGCAACAGCACAAUCCUCCCUAGUCUUCUGUCGGGACAUUGGUUGCUGUAAGAGCGAUUGAUUAGAGGAUCUAAGUGCUCUCUUAGGGGUAUAUAGGUCAAGGAGGUCAAUCAAGUAGCUGGGUGCCAAGUUAUUUAAAAUUUUAAAAGUGUACAAAAGGAUUUUAAAAACGAUACGUUAUUUGACGGGGAGCCAUUGAAGGUUGGCUAAGACAGGUGUAAUAUGAUAAUGUCUUCUGGUGCCGCUUAAAAGAUGUGCUGCGGCAUUCUGGACUAGUUGCAGGCGUAGGAUGAGGGAAAGUUGGAGGCCUAGAUGAAGACAAUGUUCAGAUUUUCACUGGGAGUGAGCGAGUACAUCAGAGAGAGAGAGAGAGUGAGUAACGUCUUAAAUGAUUAGACUAAUUUCCAAAGAAUCAGUGAUACCUCAUUUUGAAAAUAAAGCCUCAUCCCUUCAUCAUUGUGCCAAAGUUCAGAAGUUUUUACUGCACAGUUGUUGAGGACGAAAGAAGAGGAGGAGGACAAAAAGUAGAAAUGUGACAAAGAAGCUGACUUUGCUGCUCGGCCUGUUAAGUAUAGAAGGAUACGGGAUACUACUGCAUCACGGUAUGGUACGGCAGCUGCACCAAAGCAGAUAGAGUGAGGCUUCAGAGUGUGGUCAAGACUGCAUAAAAGAUCAUCGGCUGCCCUCUCCCGUCCCUGAUGGACAUCUAUUCCUCCCGCUGCCUCACCAGAGCAGCAAACAUUAGCAAGGACAGCUUCAACAUGUUCAGCCUGCUUCCCUCAGGGAAGCGCUACAGGUGCAUCAACACAAAAACCCACAGACUCAAAAACAGUUUCUUCCCCAAAGCGAUAACCACCCUGAACUCACACAUGCACAGAUAACACAGCCCCCCCACUUCCCACUUCCUCUAUGGACCACCACUGUGCAAUACCAAUUCUAUGUGCAAUAACUCAACUGUA